UUUAUAUUCCUAUCGAUAACAAUCUUGAGAAGAAUCUGUUUCUUCAUUCAGAAACAUUUUCAUAUUUUGGUUAUUUAAGCCUAAUUCUGGGAUAGAAUCCAUGGUCUUGCUCGACUUGUUGUUGUGCUCAUGCAAAUGGUGCUCAGUGCAUAAACUUACUAAGGCUUCCUAACACCUGAACUUUAAAAGUACAGGUGAUUUGCACUUUCCUGUUUUACUGCUACUUUAGUUGUGUGUCAUUCCAACCUCUCCUCCCGCGGAUACUCAAGUAUGAUAUAAAACUAUCCGUGUUUGUUUGCACAUAUGUAUAUCCUCCCGUGCACUUUAAACCAUGUCCAAUUUGUAUAUAGUACCCUAUGCAAUGUAAAAUAUAUCUGAAGAGAGAGUUAUACUGCAUUGCUUACAGAAUAAUGACAACAAGUCCGUUCAAAUUCAGUCCAGUCGCAACCAUCGUUGGCCUAAACAUACCUGUCAGCACCACUUGGACACAACCAGACCCCUUCACAAUCAAAACACCAUGCGCUGAUUGUUCCGCUUGACUUAACAUGUUCUGUGCACACCCUAGUCACGAACGACAACCAACAGGCUUCUCUCCCCUUGCGCUAACAGCGCCCCUCGCUGCAGCAGCCAAUCAAACGUUCGCGCCGCACGUGCGAUACCUCGGCGAGCGCUCGGCGUGCAGCAAGUUGGCGACCGGACGUGGCGUGUGUGCGCCAUGCUGUAUAUUAGUGAAGUGCUGCAGCGACACAUCGCCGGCCUGACGUGGGGAUAACAUCGUGCGACACCCGCAGCUUCCUCUCCUCACAGGACAAGUCGCUUUUUUUUCCAACUACAUAAUCGACAUUUUCUUGUGACUUUUCUUUUCUGUCGCCCAUUGUGAAGCCGGUGCUUUGAGCAAAGUGCCGAGCAGGCUUUUGAAAUAUUUCUUGAAGUUUUUUUCUUCUUCAUCUCUAGCCUGAGUUUUUAGAGAGAGAGACGAAUAACUCGAGGAUUUACUCCGGAACUGAUUAUUUCAUCAGAGCACCUUGUCUAGAACAGAGAACUUGAAUGUGAAGUAAAAAAAACUUUGAUCACUAUCUAGGAAGAAAGCAUCAAAUUAAAAUCAUUUUGGAUGGACAAUAAGCAUGAAAGAGUGAAAUAUACAGCAAUUCGACGGUUCUGCAUUUUUUCGGUGUUUAAAACAAAACUGGAGAGACUCGAUCAUCAUAUAACAAAAGCUGAAGAUAAAGGACACUGCUGCACUAACCGUCCAUGAAGAGUUCUACCUUCUGAGGACAAAUCACGAAGUUCACUUCACGAGAGAAGACAUUUGCUGCCGAAUCUUCCACAUUUACAAUCUUUUUAUUUGUUGAGUACUUUUACCAUCAAGAGGGCGAUUGACGGAGACGAUUCAAUAUUCGUGAAUGUAUAAACAGAACUAGCCUUGUAUGCAGGAAUGCCGCCGAGGAUGGACGAGGAAUUUACUGGCUUUCUGUGAUUCUGGUUACAAGGCUGCAAACCUCCUACGUGGACAAAAGACUGGAUGCUUGGGAGAGACUACAUUGGAAUUGCAGAAAGGUAUUUGUGCGGAUUUGUUCCAGUAACACUUCUGUGGUCACUACAUCCGCCUGAGUAGUCAUCACCUACCUCCUGCCAGCCGACACACAACUCAUUCCGACAUGAUGAUCCACAGAAGCUCACCACCGAUCAGCUAAACCUGUAACAACCGUUCGCCAGCAGAUUUUGAACACUGAUGUAAUUUUUUUCUGUCGUCUGAACUCUGCCCCGAGUCCAUUCCUCCCGCACACCUCUGGUCAGCAAGAUGGCGUCCAACUACACCACCGCCGGCCUGACCCAGCAGCCCCUCCUCCUUCACUUCGACAGCGCACAACCCCUGGGCAGUGACGUCAUCGGCAGCCCAGGCCUUGCCCAGCAGCACCACCACCACCACCACAACGGCAACCUGCUACCUAGCAACGCCAGCCACCAGUCGAUGGACGGCGGCGUCCACGCGCCCGCGGCGUUCGAUCCUGGCGAGUACGAUCACCACGUGGACGUGUUCUUCUAUCCGGGCGACGUCAGCCACCUGACUCUACCCUGGGUGCGCGAGCCCAACUUCGUGACCCUGGCCGUGGUCUACACGCUGACCUUUGCCCUCGGCGUCCUGGGCAACGGUUUGGUCAUCAGCGUGCUGUGUUGCCGCCGCAGCGGUCGCUGCAUCACCUUCCCUUGCCUGCUGAGCAUGGCGUGGGCCGACGUGCUCUUCCUGCUGGUGUGCGUGCCGCACGAGGUGGUGGGCUACUUCCUCACGCACUGGGGCCUGUCCUCCUUCCUCUGCAAGCUCUCCGGCUUCGUGGAGAUGGCGUCUGCCAUGGCCACCAUUCUCAACCUUAUCCUGAUCAGCGUGGAGAGGUAUUUCGUCAUCGCCCACCCUCUUCUCAGCAAGUCGCUGUGCACCACCCGUAACGCCAAGAUCGCCCUCGUCGCCACCUGGGUGGCCGCCCUCCUGCUGUCCUCUCCUGCGUUUGUCGUCGUGGACACGGAGGUCAACGUGUACUACAACAACUCCUCACAAGCGGAAGUGGUGCUGUGCGCAGACUUCGGGCUGGACGAUGCCGGGCGCCUGGCCUACGCCUUGUGGCAACUCGUCUUCCUCUUCGUCCUCCCCGCCGCCACCCUCCUCUUCUGCUACGCCAGGGUCAUCUUCAUCCUGUGGGUCAGCACGCAUCACCUGCAGAGCAUGACUGCGACCAACAGGUUCGGUGGGGCCUGCAGCAAUUCCCGCAGUGACCACAGGGAGGGAGGCAGCUGGAAUGGACGAGGUGCGCCAUCGGACAGAAGCAGACUCGCCGCCUUCCCCAACUCCAAGUCCAAAGCUCCCGGAGAAGAAGCUCUGCUGGCAAGAAGACAGGUGAUCAAGAUGCUUGUCGUCAUCAUCAUCGUCUUUUUCAUCUGCUGGGGACCGCAGCUCAUCAUCAACACGAUGAAGCGCUUGCCUGUGAACGUCUACGACAGACAUUCCUACCACGUGUCGGUGAUGUUCUCCUGCUUGCCCUACAUCCAGUCUUGCAUCAACCCCGUCAUCUACGUGCUGAUGUCCAAGAAGAUUCGCGAGUCCGUGUGUUCCGUGCCCUGUGUGAGUGCAGUUGCCUCCCUCUGCACUCGGCGUGACGUCAAGCACUCCCCCACUCACGAGCUGAUCGCGACCAAUCACAGCGCAGUCGUGACCGGAAUGAAAACGUCUCUGGAAACUGUCCGCAGCUACGGCGCCAGUGAAUUUACUGAUGUGUGAAGAACUAAUCAGUCACAGCUGCGGCCACUCCUUGUGGACGGCUUGUCUCCUCCUGACAUGAUUGACUACAUUCCAUGAUGUCAUUGAUCUGACCACUCCUCCUUUCCUUUUUUUUUUUGGGAUGAGGGUCAUUCCAGAAAUUCGGCAUUACCUUAAACGAUCACGUUCUUGUCUGAUGAAUGCCAGAAAUUGUGUGUAACAAACUGAAUGAUGUUUAUGGAGAAAAAAAACGAAAAAGAAAGCUGAAACUUGAAAUAUGGCCGCUUAGUUUUUAAAACCACUAAGGUUUGACUGUUUUCCCAGUUUGUGACCCAAGCCAGUCCACUUGGCCAUGUAUCCCGUGCGAUCCUCUGCUUCAGAAGGGAAGUGGAUGCUUGGAUGGACAGAUGAAGAACUGGCUGCCAUCGUGAAGGAGUGGACUGGUCAUUCGGUGCAGGGUCUGCUCACCACCUCAAAAGACAAGUGGUGAGCCUUACCUGCUGCGUCUACCCGGUUGUUCUCACCAAUGACCAGUCCCCGUGACCCAGUGACCUCUCGUGAGUUGGUACCAGGGAAGUAUUUUUUGUGUCCAGAUGUAGAUUCUGGAGCAAGCUGAGACGGACGAGAUACCCUGGAAUUACCAGAAAUAACAACAAAAUAACACGAUGUGUACUAGUAUGUACAAGAGAGGGUUCAUCUCCAGGUGCACACCCCAAGCCACGGUUUGUUGAUUCUGUGGAAGAUUCGCCAAACUUCAAAGCCAAAGACAACUCACAAUAUAAGAACGAUUCUUGUGAUGUUCACCGGUGGGCGGAGAAAAGGGACAGUGACAAGGUGGUGGGUGUGUUUUCUUGCUUUUACCAUAAAUCUUCUUCAAGAGGAAAUUAUUUUCCGACGAUGUCUGUGUUCACGGAUUGAUGUGAAAUGGAUUAAUACUUUACCUGUUGUCUGAAUGCUUGGUCGCUUUUCGAACGAUGUGUUCAUGUUAUUCUUUAUCUUAAAAGUUGAAAAAUAUUCUAGAUUGAAACCUUUGUUUCAUUUGGGUAUUUCUGCUAACUGUGUUAUUAUAAAAGAUUUUUUUUUCUUUCGGUAAGCUCUUUCAUAACCAAAUCAUUUGUUGAUUACGAAUUUUCCGCGAUAAAAUCAGUGUAUUAAAUGUCACCAUUAUGUUAUGAGAUAAUUUUUAAAAUAUGAAGCUGACCUUUUUGUCUUCCUUCUCUCUGUGUUCUCAUCUCUUUUUUUCCCUCAUUUCUUUCAUGUAAGUUUUUUAUUUGGAGCACUUAUGGUCAGAAGGCUCGAGUUUAGAGCAAAACAAAAAAAAAAAU